AUGGCGGGAGGUCGACGAUCGGGUCUGCAACAGCAAGUCAUCAACUUUUACCGUGAAUGCUUUCGAGCAGCAAGAACAAAACCACUUGAAAACCGACCGCACUUUUAUGCGUAUAUUCGACGAGAGUUUCGUGCACACCAAAUACGUAAAAAUGAUUUUGUAACGAUUGAAUACAUGCUUCGACGAGGAAAGCGACAGUUGGAAACAUACAGCUCGCCAAGUAUACAGGAUAUCCACGUGUAG